AUGCGCAUCCACACGGCAGCGCAGCGUCGUGCACCGUCCUCUACCAUGUCGUCGUUGGAAAAUUGUCUCGAUCCGUCCCUGAUGGAUACGAGUGUGCCGGCCGUCUAUCCACCCGCAUUUAGACGCUAUCCUCACAAUGGACUAACUGCAGCGGAAGAGUACAAACAAGAGUCAUCGCAGCGAUCACAGGAACCGGUCAGUCCUGGUGUAAUGUUUGGCUCGCGUACGCUACCCACCGUUUCGGAGCGUGUCAUUGGUUAUGGUCGACGAUCGAACGAUUACGAUGACAAUGGCAUCGAAGUGCAACAGUUGGCGAACGGUGAUAUGGCACUGAUUGGUAAUCGACUAUGUCGGGAAGAUUCCGGCAUUAGUAUUGGCGAUCCCCAGCAGGAGGGUCGGUUUGAGAGGUUGAAGAAAAUUUGCUCGUUUGGAACGCUAUCGUCUGGCGGUGGUGGUGGUGCUGGCGGAUCCGACUCCGAAGGAUCGAACGGAAUUAGCAAGAGUCAGCACUGGAUGCUGUUGAUCACACCCGUUGUGUCGAGCUUUUCUUUGGCUCUCGUAAUAGCUGCCGUUGUCGGACCUCAGUGGCUACUGACGGAGGAGAAAAUACCGAUAACUACGUACAACAGCAGUACGCACGGUGCUGGCACGAUGGUGGUACCCACCAGUGCCACCACCAACAGCCUUCUGCAUAACCAGCAGCUCAACAUACAGCAUCCACACUUGAUACCGGCGACGAAGGACGAUGUCACCGGUGCUUUUCUGACCAAGUACACCAAAUCCUCGCUUUGGGAACUCUGCAGUAAGUAUAGCGGUGGUACGGUCGCGGGACACUCGCAGCCACAGACGGUGGGGAACGAAUUCCAGUGCUCCAAAAUCGAUUAUUUCCCGAGCGAAGGGUACAGCCCGGACCCGAACGAUUCGACAAAUGCAAUUCCUUAUACCGUAACGCAUUCGUCACCGUUCUUUCUCGCCUCGAACGGUGUCCUCAUCGUAAGCUACGGUCUGUUCCUGGUGGCCAUGUGCUCGACGAAGCACAAAAUCUGCUACUUCGUCUCCGGGGUGCUAUUUAUAAUAUCCGGGUUGCUGAUGCUGAUUGGGCUGAUAAUGUACAUCUCGAUACUGAAGGCAGAAAUAGGUUCCAAGCUGCGGCCAAGGUCGUCUCUGCAGGCGCCUCAGUUUACUUUCCGCUACGGGCAAAGCUUCCUGCUGUAUGUGUUCGGGUUCAUCAUCACAGAGCUGUCGGGCAUCCUGAACGUGCUGAUCUACUCGAACGUACAGCAGGACGAGUACAGUGUGCACGACAGUGGCCAAUCGGGCUUCCACACCUAUCAGAACCUUUCCGGUGGCAUCCAUUACAAUCUCCACUAUCGGCGCGAGUUACCCGCUGCCGUGGGCGAUGAGCUCGGCAAAGGUCAGAAUAGGCCACCGAUCGUUGACUAUCGCUAUCCCUACGAUGGACUGGACUGUGAGACCACACCGCGAUACUAUUUCGAGCAGCAGCAGCUGCAGGAUGACGGCGAAGUCGAUUGUCGCCUGCACAGACGCGCCUUUGGACGCAUGACGAACGAUGGGAUGUCCAAGAGCCUCACGGAUCUACUCUACAUGGAGCCGACACAGGUAUAUUCCGAUCGGCAGGUCGCUCCAUCGCGUGUGCGUACCAACGGAGACGGACAACGCACGGAUCGCCCAUCACCAAUCGCAGACCUGGAAUUCUCACACUGGUCUUCAACGGGUAAGCUAACACGAAGCGUAUCAACCUGCACAGAUCUGCUACCGGUAGGUGAUUUCGCUGAGCAAGACACGGUACGCAAUCGCCGGGCACGUUCCCGGUCCCCGUCGCGUAGUGAUGACGAGCCUGCCAAUGAAAAACUGAGCAACAUCUGUGGUCUCUCCCGCCACUACCUGUCCCGGGAGCUAUCGAAGGAAAAGCUAUUCAACGAGUUCUGCAAAAAGGUCGGCCCGCGACCGAAGCCAAAAGACAUCUACUACAUCGAGAGCGAUGGACGCAACGGAGACAGCAGUUACCGCAGCGUGUUUGUAGUGGAACCAUCGUCGCCAUUUGCAGGUCGAAACCGAUCCUCACAGCGAAGACGCAACUCGAUGGCGGACACGAGACGCAGGGUGACUGCCCAUGAACCGUCCGCCUAUGCGUCCAACUAUCGGCAACGCAUACAUUCGGACAACUCGUUGGAUGAUUUGGAGCACGAUGCACAUGGCCGCUACAAGCGGCGUCGGGAUCCGAUCGGGCGGGCACGUUCGGUGGACUAUAGGCAAACGUUACCCCGCAACUUUCAGCAGCGCCACAUGGAAACCAGUGAGCCGGAGGAUGAAACUGGAGGUUUCGGCGAACGGGUAGCACUGGAGCGGAAGCGUGUGUCCGCUAGUGGGCUUUUACUGGAACCCGAACGGGUUAAUGUGUCGCAUGGAGAUCUCUCGUCGAAUACCAGAAUUGGUCGAUGGCACAGAAGCGGAGAGAACUUUUCACUGCACACUGAUAUCGAACCGGACAUCCGACCAGCGGACAAAACGCAUUGUCCCAAAUAUCUUGAUCCACCUCCACCAGCCUACACAUCCACGCUUUCCACCGCUGGACAACAGCAGUCCCAGCUAAGGGAUAAACUUACAUCCUCAUCGCACAUGUACCGGAGUUACGGUGAUUUAUCUUCCCAGCAGGACUUCCGCCGGCCAACGAUCCUGUCGCCCCACGUGUUUUCACCGAUCGGUCAAACGGCAACAUCAGCCGCGUUGCGUCCCAUUCUUACUGUAGUGCAGCAGCAACCACACCGGCACGUUCACCAUCAGCACCAUCGCCAUACUGCCGUGCCACAAGAGCAGCAGCCACAUGCUGAAACGACGAUUAUCAACCGCAACCAUACGCUACCGUCGCCAGUGUUUGAUCUGGAUCGCAUCGAACAGGAAAGGCGCAAAUCUCACUCGCAGCUUUUUCUCAACAGCCCAGCCAGCAGUUCGACCGUAGAGCAGUAUGAUUUUGUGAACGGUACAGCCGUUUAG